AUGGGCAAAUACUCCGAAUCUCCAGAAUGGGCCGACGUCACACCCGUGCCCACCGAUGAGGGCGGUCCCAACCCGCUCGCGGCAAUCGCCUACAGCGACGAAUACGGCGAAACCAUGUCCUACCUCCGCGCUCUCAUGGCAGCCAACGAAUACUCCGAACGAGCCCUCUCUCUGACCGAAGACCUCAUCUCCAUGAACCCAGCCCACUACACCGUCUGGCUGUACCGCGCCAAGACCCUCUUCGAGCUCAACGCCGAUCUCGAGCAGGAGCUGGAGUGGUUGAACGAGAAGGCACUGGCGCACCAGAAGAACUACCAGAUCUGGCAUCACCGGAACCUGUUGAUCGAAAGGAUUGGGAAAUGCGACGGAGAGGGGGAAUUCGUGGAGAGGAUGUUGGAACUGGACAGUAAGAAUUAUCACGUGUGGAGUUAUCGACAGUGGCUGGUGAGGAGAUUUGGCUUGUGGGAGGGAGAGAAAGGGGAAGAAUUGGAAUUCACGGAGAGGGUUCUGGUGCGAGACGUGAGGAACAAUAGUGCGUGGAAUCAUCGGUGGUACAUCAUCAACGGUCGCGAAGGGUCGCCCGGAGUCCAAGACGAGAAGGUCCGGGAUAGGGAGGUGGAUUUCGCUACGAAGGCUAUUGCCAAAGCACCGCAGAACCCGAGUCCAUGGACCUAUCUUCGCGGCAUCUUCAAGAAGGUCGGUAUUCCCAUGACAAGUCUGAAGGUCCUCGCGGAGGAGUACGCGGAUCUGAGCAAGGUGGAUGAUGGCGGGGUCCGGUCAAGCCACGCGCUGGAUCUGUUGGCGGACAUCUGGGCAGAAGAGAAGGAAGCGGAGAAGGCGAGCGAGGCAUUGGAUCUGUUGAGUAAGCGAUACGAUCCCAUCCGAAGGAAUUACUGGGAGUUUAGGAAAGGGCUGCUUGGCCUGGAGCGCGCGAGUGCUGCCGCUUGA